AUGCUCGAGAUAAGAAGGAGCAUGUAGCGUAUAGCCGAAAAAUAUCGAAUCGAGGGAGGUCCAUCGUCUCCGCACCCUAUCUGAAAUUCCUUGUUUGUAUCUUCUGUCGGGAAGAGGAAAGGACAGAUCGAAACACACACACCAUGUCACUGGAGGAACUCCUGGAACUGCGAUGACAGCAGAGUGCUGCAUAGAAACUGAGUUCACAGAAAAGUGUUCGACCAUUGGAAAUAAGUGCCAUCUGGAAGCCUGAUGAGCGUGCGUCGAGCUCCUCAACGCUAGAGGCGCCUGACCCCACUCCAUACCCACAACGUUCGUGACUGACAGCUGAUCGAAGUGCUCUUCACCGAAAAAGCCGCGGAGGACUUAAGUUCAUCAGGGACUUCGCUUGAACUCUCCGCGAAAACAUGGCUUCAGCCAUCCAGUACGUCGAUGAGCUCGUCCGCGACUACCUGCUGUAUCGAGGAUUCGUUGCCACCUUGAAAUCUUUUGAGGUGGAUCAGAAGAACGACAAAACUCGAGCCUUGAGACCGGAUAAAAUCGUCGAAAACAUGGCAAGCUGCAUCGACGCUGGAGAUCUCGAAGCACUCAGAGACACUUGGCACCACCUGGACAAUCAAAUAUUCCGGAGGCUCGAGCACUCAUAUCAGAACCCUGUCCGCAAGAUGGAAUUCGGCGUGUACCGGCUCUAUUUAGUUACCUGCAUAUCGACCGGGAAGUUGGAUAAAGUCUCAGACUUCUUCGAGAAGAUGACGCCUGAAAUCCAGGGCCAACCCGAAUGGAAAGAAUGGUUCGUCCUGCCUUUCAUAAAAGCUCCGGAGGAGAACCCUGUUUUUCAACUGUACUUCACUCGACAUUGGCAGGAAUCUCUGAUGGUGUCCCUGAGGAAUCUCCUAUCAGUCGUUUUCCAGAACGCACCAUUACCAACAUUAUUGCAGUACGAGGAAGACGCAAACCGAAUCAAGGAGCUAGCUGAGGAGAACGAGCAACUCAAAAAGCAGCUUAGUGCUCUGCGAGGAGAUGAGUCGCAGCGCAAAACCGAGUUCAGCCCCGAUCACGCUUUGCGAGCUCCAGACGAACUGAUAGAUGAUUUUUACGUGAUUGCGCAGAGCUCACAGAACAAAUGAGUUGGAGCACCCAGUAAAGUCACCUGGUUAUGUGAACCUAGGUAGGAACCUGCUCGAAGCGGCAUCACAACACCAAAGUUUUUUUCCAAGCACCAGCACCGGUGGCAGGACCGAUUUUCCAUGUCCAAGUGAAGAUUUUACUUUCCAUUGUAAUUAUUGUAUUUAUCAUACUAGGGCUAUACAACCCUACUGUAACUCAAGUCUCUCAGGAGACGGCU